UGACGAACCAUCCCUUGUCCCAAGAACACUAACUUAUAUAGUGCCGCCAAUUCCUUCAAUCUCUAAAUAUAAUAUAUAAUACAUCUCUACUCAUAGUCAGAUCUAGCCACUAAGUCAAGAUAUAGAGAGCCAUGGCCCCGGAAACCAUCCGAUUCGCCACACUAGACGUGUUCACCAAAACACUCUACGCAGGCAACCCGCUCGGCGUGGUCUUCCUGCCGACAUCCUCAACCCUAAGCCAAGACCAGAAACAGCGCAUCGCCAAAGAAUUCAACUACUCGGAAACCAUUUUCGUGCACCCAGUCGACCCGACAACCCCCAACCAGCAAAAAAUCGACAUUUUUGUGCCAGACGCCGAGAUCCGGUUCGCAGGCCACCCAACCAUCGGCGCCGCCUCUUGGGUUACCUAUUUAGGCCCUCAAGAUGAUGCUGCGGUGGCUGCUGCUGCCAAAGUCGACACGCUGGUGACCAAAGCCGGGCCGAUCCCGAUCUCCCUGCGGCCCGAAGGGGACGCAGUGAGCGCGCUGAUCCCGCACGAUGUACGGAUUCAUCAGAAGCGGUUUCCAGCUGCGAAAUUGCUGCUCCUGCAUCCUUCGCUCCAACCACAUCUUGCUGCGACACUUGAUGGACAUGGCGGCUUCCCCGUGGUGUCGAUUGUGAAGGGAAUGGCACAGAUUCAUGUCCAGCUUCCGAGUCUAGAAGCCCUUGCUGCUGUUGGGCCGGCGGUGGGAGGGGAGUAUGUUUCUGAUGCCGAUGUUACGAAAGGCGGGUAUCUGGACGAAGGGUGGGGGAUUAGGGGGCUGGUUGUUAUUUACUUCCAUGUCCGAGGCGUUGUGGAUCAAGAUAGCGGUAAGCAGGUUAUUCGUACGAGGAUGGUGCUUGGGGUUGAAGAGGACCCGGCGACGGGGAGUGCGGCGAGCGGGUUGGCGGCAUUAUUGGCAUUGGACGAAGGGCAAAAGGGUGCUGAGUAUGAGUAUAGCUUUGUGCAGGGAGUGGAGAUGGGGAGGAGGAGUGAUAUUGGGAUCCGUGUUGUCACACAGAGUGAUGGUUCGGGAUCGGGGAUUAAAGAGAUUGAACUCAGUGGAAGUGCAGUCAAGGUUUUUGAGGGAGAGAUGAGGGUGAACUAGAAAGGGAAAGAGGAUAAUAGAAGU